AUGACUGAAGACAGUGACUUCACUGUGUCAGGGGCGCUGUAUCCAGACGGUACAUCAGGCAGACUGAAACAGGAUGACAGUGUAGGCCCCGGGGCAAGCUAUACGUACCGCUGGGAGGUGCGACCUGAGUUCUCCCCUACAGACGGAGACGCAGCCUGCCUGACCUGGGUAUACCACUCACAUGUAGAGGCUCCUAGAGAUAUCACUUCUGGACUCAUAGGAGCUCUGCUCACCUGCAAGAAAGGUACCCUGACAGAGGAGGGUCGUGUAGAUGUAGACAGAGACUUCGUUCUGAUGUUCAACGUGGUGGACGAGUCUAUGAGCUGGUACCAGGAACACAACAUCCAGACCUUCUGUUCUGACCCCGCCUCCGUCGACCCUGAGGACCCAGACUUCCAGGAGUCCAACAUGAUGCAUGCCAUAAAUGGGUAUAUGUAUGGUAACCUGCUUCACAUGGAGCUGUGCCAGGGUCGCACGGUGGCAUGGCACCUGUUUGGGAUGGGCAACGAGGUGGACAUACACUCCGCGUACUUCCAGGGCAACACCCUAUUGGACCGCGGUCACCGUGCCGACACACUCAGCCUGUUCCCGGCAACCUUCGUCACCGCGGCGAUGGUUCCCUUGGCGACCGGGAAAUGGCUGCUGAGCUGUCAGGUCAACGACCAUCUACAGG